GUGUGAAGGAGACAACGCAGCUUUUAGUGUGAGAGCAGGAAUAGCUUUUGCGAGGGAGUCACAUACUACCGAGGCACCACAACUCGAAAGAUGUCAUUUGCCAGUGACAAGCUGUACAAUGGGUAUCUGCGGCGGAAUAUGCCGACCAUUGUGAGCAGGGUGAAAGUGAGAGAAGUAAUGAUCCACCUGCCUUGCUUGACUUCUCACGACAGGGAAAACAUUGAGGCAAAAAGAGAGGUUCGUGGGAACUAUGACGGCAUGGUGCUUCUGCUGGACUGUCUGAAGAGAAGAGAAAACUGGCCCGAGCAGUUCAUCGAAGCACUCGAGGCGUGUGAGCAGCCAAUUUUAGCAGCUGGGAUUAGAACAGAAUACGACACUCUGCGAGGCACCAACAAUUCCAACCCCAGCUCUCCUCCAACAACUGUCGUCAGGGCAUACGUGCAUCCAGCACCAUCUGCCAGGCAUCUGUCCACCGCAGAGAGCGGUGCAAACAGUCAGGCUGCUGCUGCUGCUCUGCCAGCUGAAGCACCAGCUCCUGCAGAGCCACUUGCCCAGGCCUCACCGCCUCUGGAAAUCCCUGUGCAGCCACAAGCCCCCCCGAGUGCAGAAGCCAAAGUUCCUGAGGUGGUUUCCCCUCCACAGCCAACUCAGGGUGAAGUGGAGCCCCCUCCAUCAACCCCUCCUCCUGAGAGCAACUCCCACCAGGAGCCGGUGGAAAACCUUGAAUCAGACAUUGAGGAUGUCUCCGGUGAUGAUGCUGCGAUGCCCGAUCAGGUGAGCGCAGGAAACAGUGAGGUUUUGAUCGACGCUGUGGCCCCUCCGCAACCACCUGCUGAGGAGCUGGAAACAGAAACUCCAUCCAUCCAAGAUCCUGUCGAAACAACAACAACAACAACAACAACCUCCACGGAGAUCAGUCCUCCACAGAGUCCCUCUCCAUCUCAGAUGAACUCGGAUGUGACCGAUGGAUCCUCUUUCCUCACUUUAACCCCAGAGAAACCUCCGGUCCAGGACACCACCCCCCCUGUGGACAUGAAACCUGCUCCUUUCCUGCUGCCUGAAGAGACGUCUGAGCCGCUUGCGACACAGGUUAUUGAAAGCAGCCCGCAGACAGAAACUGAAGCUGCCCCCUCCCCCCUGCCGGUUGCUGCAGAGACGGACACCCCUAUCUGUGAUGACAGCUCUGUGUGUCUGAGCAAACCUGGCCCACUCCUCAGCAUCCACCCACAACAAGAUGCUAUCCCUGCUAUCCCUGAACAAAGAGAGCCGGUGCAGCUCUAUUCGGGGAAUAGUGAGCAUCUGGAAAUCAGUGAUGCUGCAUCAGAAGCUGUGACCUCUUCCCUCCUCCCCGCAUGCUCCACCACUGUGAAUACCGCACUGCCAUGCCAGGAGAACGGCAUCGCUCCAAACCUCAGCGAACCGGUGGAAAACCACUACGAGUCUCCCUGUGAGAGUUUGGAUAUGCAAGUGCUGGAGAAUGUCGGGCAUAUAUCCGAGGAGCCGUCUAUCCUUGACCUAGAUGGCCAAAGCUCAAUAACACGAGCUCAAAUCAUGAAUGGUGACGCAGCCAAAGAGAUCAUCCCUGCACCACCAGUAUCCACCAACACUGUAUUGAGUGUAAACACCCCCUCUGGUGAGAACUGCCUCCCUUCUGAGCCCACACCUGCUGAUAUCUCCCCAGAGCCGAAGACGCUGCAGAAUCCAGAGAAGAAGUCGAAUAAUACUAAAUACAUUCUGACGGCUGCAGGAGUGGGCGCCUGUGCCCUGGUGAUGGCGUGGAGGUUUAAAAAUUAAGUGGAUUGAAUACCUUUUUGAAGGAGGGGAAGAUUAGGCUUUAAGGCUUUUUAAAAGAGGAUCUUAAGGUUAUGGUGCCUUAUUGUAGUCAGUGAACUGAAAGGGUGCUUGGCAGCUGUGUCAUAAUUACCUUUAGUAAUAAUAGCUGACUUGCCAGACCUUUGAUCAUGUCAUUAAUUACAAGUAUGUUGUUAAGUUGGGCCAUGUAUUAUUAUUUUAUUGUUGAAUUAAGUUUGCCCUAGUAAACAAAAACCAAAUCUACCCUUUUUAUUCUAGUUUGGGAACUUCAUGGAAAUGGGUUCUUAGGUUAUUUAUGCAUGUGCCGCAAAGUUUGUAAAUAAACACUUGUGCUGUGUAUUAAUUAUACAAAUAUUUGUGUGUCUCAUGCACUUUUAAGAUAAGACUGUUGGCUAUCAUCCAGGGAAGAUAAGUGUACCAAGGACCUUAAACUACUGGAUCUUGACUGCGGAAGAAAGAGUGCCAGUAUCCCACUCUGUAAACGAUGGCUAGUGCACUGUGUAUUUAUUUGUACAUAUAUAGAGAUUAUAAAGAUAUCCAAUUAUGUAUUUUAGGAAAAUGUGUUGUCAAAAACAUUCCAAUGCAAUGUCUGCUUAAAAACGAUGGCACUGCUUCAAAGUGAGUUUUCUUUAAUAGCCCUGUCCUGUUUCUUUUUGAGCCAGAGAUUAAGACGACUUGAUGUUCCCCAAAACGCACAUUCAUUUCCAGCUUUACCCAGUCCAAUCACACAACUUCAAAAUGCUUAAGCAAUUUUUUAAGUGAGAGCCAACAAAUCAUUACAUGGAAGGUAUUCACUUUGAGCUAUCAUGUUGUUAGCUGCACAUUUAACUGGGUUUUUAAAUGUUCACUUUUGUGGUUAUGCUAAUUUCUUCCGUUUUGAUGUUAAAAUAGGAACAUUUUAAAUAGUUGUUAGUGUAAACAUCCUCUAAUUGUUAUCCGUUUAGAUCAUUACAAAAAAUGCUGAAUAAAAUAAUAAUAAUAAAAUGUUUUAAAGUAUCCUAUAUGCACUUUGAAAAAAAUCAAAUCUCAUCUCAAACAUUUACACCAGAUGAUGGCCAUGAAGCUUUCAAAGUUGUUCCUCUAUUUUAAAAAGAAAGUUUGAGAAGAGGUUUUAUUGUAAAUAGCAUUGUUAAUAUAAGAAAUGUUCGGGGGGGGGGAAAUAAAUGUUUUUGCACAUUUUAUCAGGUUAUUUGAGCUGCAAAGAUUCUUAAAUGUAUUCACUAUAGAAAACAUGUAAAUUGUGAUCUCAGUUUACGGUUUAUCAAAAAAAUGUAAAGACUGUCUCUGGAUACCCACUUGGCAAUUAUACCAAUAAACCUGAAAUAAAACAAA